GGUUCUAUGUGGUUCUGCGCCGUCGCAAUACUAGUACUUGCUAGUUGCUGUUCUCCUGUAUCCCCUUUACUUCUCCUGUGGCUCUGCCUGUUAGUGCUUCAUUUCAAAUAUUCCUACUAGUGCAGUGUAGCAUUAGCCCCAGUCUCAUUGAUCUUUCGGGCCUUUUGAGGGAAUCUCACGCACGACUCUUCGUAUUCGCUCAUAUGACGAAGUGCGAUUACGCAGAUGUUGCAACAGCUCGUGAACCAAGAAGUGAUUUUCUGCGCUGUUCAUUUUCAAUUGUGAUUGACUGAUAUUUGAUGCAUAAAAUAUUACACAUUCUUCAGUAAACUUUGCUGUGUUGAUCCCGCCGGGCCUUUGUUUAACAACAAACAUCGACUUUCUUUCUUGUCGACAAUCCUGCCUCAUGCGUUUGCGGAUAUAUGCAUCUGUUUGACUGUUUGAAGAAAGAUUAGGAGUUUACGACCGUUUUCCUGAAUUAAGAUUGCCGUUUGAUUUCCUUAUUAUUGUCACAAUAUUGUGAACUGCAAUUUCCUGUAUCUUUCCACCGUACCAGAUGGUAAUCGGCAUAGAAUGUUCGGAAAAACGCUUUGUUGUUUACCUUCCGAUAUGAAUCGUGAUGACGGUGAUGUGCAGAAAAGUGCAGUUUGAUUGCCAGGAUGGACCCUGUUCCUGUCAGGCGGCGAUCUCAGGGUAUUUCGGGUAAGCCACCUGUUCAAAGUGUCCCUUUGCAAUCCGGCAGCGGGAUGAAAAAUUCAAUUUCACGUCCCGACUCCUUUUUGCCGAACAAUGGCGUAUCAAUAAACAACCAAGCCCCUGAGCCAUCAUUAGCCGGGCCUUUCAAUUCCCAUGCUGCGUCGUCGGGGUCGGAAAUCUGUCGGGAUCGUCUUAUUCAUCUAUUGGGUUCCGUAGCUGAAGAAUAUGAUAAAGUUGUUAAGGAAAAUGCUCGACUUAGACUACAAAUUGCUCAACUUACGCAACAAGCCGGAAUCUGCAACGAAGGAUCGAGUAGCGUGUUAAGUGGCUCGUAUCAGACGCAGCAGCAACAGCAGCCGCAACCUUCGCGUCUUAUGACGACCGGAUUAACGCCUUCGUCAAAAUUUGUGCAUUCUCACAUGGUGUCCAAUGAUGAUACUCAUUCGCCACCGCAAACCAGUUCAGUGGAUAAUUCAUUCCACAAACUAAAGAUACUCAAGGAGGAGCAAUUACAAAAAUUUAAAACCACUUCGCGCCGCAAGAUUGCAUCGGCGACAUCACGGCUGAGGAAUGUGCCAACUACGGAAGCGCAGAUAGUACGCAGUUAUGCUCGCCAUAAUGAUGGCGUCUGGGACAUAGCGGCGCCCAAAUUUUCCACAUGUCCCUACACCGUUUUUGGGAGCGCUUCAGCGGACCGCACGGCCUGUAUAUGGAAUGCGAAAAGUGGGCACUGCCUAAUGCAGUACCAAGGUCAUGAUGGCUCAGUGAACUCCAUCCGGUUUCAGCCGGUGCGCGUCAGUGCCGGUGAUAGUCUGCUAGUCCUGACAGCAUCUGGUGAUCAGACAGCUCAUGUCUGGAAGAUCACAUCCGCCCAAUUAGCUGAAUCAUCACGCGAGUCCGACGAAGAGAAGACCACGGACACCGAUAAUCCGUCCACGAUUCACCAGACUAGCAAACCUACCAAAAUGCUGGUCAACUACCCCCUAAUGGUGUUCCGCUCACAUACCAGCGCUGUCAGCUGUGCCGAAUGGGUAUCCGGUGCCCAUCAGGUUAUCACUGCGUCAUGGGAUCGUUCGGCCAUCGUGUUCGACAUUGAAACCGGGGACAAUUUGAAUAGUUUUGCUGGACAUGAUGACGAGUUGACGUAUGUUGCAGUCUCGCGUCCACAGAAAUUGUUCGUCACUUGCUCGAAAGACACAACGUUCCGAUUGUGGGAUUUGCGGGAGCCAAAUCUACAGUCGGUCAGUGUGUUUCAGGGCCAUUCAGAUGCCGUUAACUGUGCAGUAUUUACGCCCAGUGGAGAGAGUAUUGUCUCAGGUGGAGACGACAAAUUUCUACGGGUGUGGGAUUUGAGGAAUAUGCGCGCGCCAAAGGCCUCGGUGCGGAUGGAAGGCGGAGUGAAUCGGCUGUCGGUGUCGGAUGGCAUGGUAGUGUGUUGUCCGUUGGAUAAUCGCAAUAUCGCGUUGUAUGCCAUUAAUACGGGAAAGCUCACCCGGUUACCGCGAGCGAAACGUCAGGGGCACCAGAGAAUGGUGACUUCCGCGAGCUGGUUGGAUGAUCAGCCAUCCGGAUCGCCGGCCGGUGGAGGGUUGGAUGUAAAUUUGUUGACGUGUGGGUUUGAUCGGCAGGUUUUGGGAUGGAAGACGGCUCCGAUGUAGUGUAUUGCCUGUUUGGCUGUUACCCGGAUUUGUGUAUUCUGUCCACCUUGUUGGAAGUAGUUUUUUUAGAAAACGUUUUGAAUGGUUUUUACUCAGUUGAUUUUAAUGCAUAUUUUCUGACGCUGACAGUUGCUGUUUAAACCUUGCCUGGUUUCAAUAUUUUGUUAUGGGUUUUACAUAUUUUUGCUGGUUUCCGCUUUUUUGUAAAUUGCUGCUUGUUGACGGGAUUAUCGGGAUCGUUGGCUGUAAUUUUUGGGCUUUGGUUGGAGUCUGGGAGCAUCUAGUGGUUAAAUCAGUAUUGUCUGAAGUCGCCCAACGUCAGGAACGCACUUACAAUUAGCAAAUCAAAUUUUGGAUUGGAUGAUGUACGCAUUAAACUCAGCAAAGGUA